CAUUCUACGUCACAUCCGGCGAGUGAGGUCUUUCUUUUUUGGUUUUCCCGUAUCCGCCAUUUCGGUUUUUUGAAGUUAGUUGUCAUCGGCCGCUGCAUUGUAGCUGGAAUUCCGUCGUUUAAAAAAACCGGCAUUUCAUCACAAUCGCGGCUGGAUCGCGGCCGACAAGCAGAUAAGGUCGCUUUUCAUUUCCGGGUUGCGGUUCUGUGACGCGGGUUUGAUGUCCGAACGGGCGGCUGCGGGUGUCGCCUGUUUACCAAACGUGCUCUUAAGGCGCUAAAGUUUUUUUUUGUAUGAGUUGAAGGCUUCGCGCUGUGGAUACCGGGAGGGAGCGGGAAGGCCUGGCGACGAAGCCUCGGCUUUUGGAGUGAGGAGGAGGAGGAGGAGGAGGAGGGGGGCGGUUUAUUUUAUUUCAUUCAAAAUAAAAAAAUAAUAAUAAUGGCCGGGAAUUUUGACGCGGAGGACCGCGGCAGUUGGUACUGGGGUCGGCUGAGCAGGCAGGAGGCGGUGUCCCUGCUGCAGGGGCAGCGGCACGGCGUGUUCCUGGUCCGGGACUCCAUCACCAGCCCCGGCGACUACGUGCUGUCGGUGUCGGAGAACUCAAAAGUCUCGCAUUACAUCAUCAACAGCAUCAGCAACAACCGGCAGUCUGGUCCAGGUUCCGCCCAGCCGAGGUUCCGCAUCGGCGACCAGGAGUUCGAAGCCCUGCCCGCUCUGCUGGAGUUCUACAAAAUCCACUACCUGGACACCACCACUCUAAUAGAGCCCAUCAACAAGUCCAAACACACCUCCUUCAUCGCCGUGGGCCCCGGGGGGGCCCCGCCCCGCCUGGAGGACGAGUUCGUCCGGGCGCUCUUCGACUUCCCCGGCAACGACGAGGAGGACCUCCCCUUCCGGAAGGGCGACGUCCUGCGGGUGCUGGAGAAGCCGGAGGAGCAGUGGUGGAACGCCCAGAACUCUGAGGGCCGGGCCGGGAUGAUCCCGGUGCCCUACGUGGAGAAGUACCGGCCGGCGUCCCCGGGUUCGGCCGGCGGUGGCAGUGGCGUACCCUGCGGGGGGGCACCGGCGCUGCCGCCGCUGGGAGGGGCCGGGGCACUGGGGAACUCAGACCCCCAGUCCGGCGCCCCGCUGCUGGGAGACCCGAGCCAGUACGCCCAGCCCACCCCCCUCCCGAACCUGCAGAACGGACCCGUCUACGCCCGGGCCGUUCAGAAGAGGGUGCCCAACGCCUACGACAAGACCGCGCUGGCCCUGGAGGUGGGCGACAGGGUGAAGGUGACCAAAAUAAACGUGAAUGGCCAGUGGGAGGGUGAAUGUAAAGGCAAGCGGGGCCACUUCCCCUUCACGCACGUCAAGCUGCUGGACCAUCACAGCGCCGAGGAGGAGCUCAGCUGAGAGCGGCCGGGUCAGGCCGCUACCUGGACACUAGUAUUAGACCCCUCCCCCCCUCCGGCCCGCCUCCCUCCCCUCGGGGCCUCACAUCCUCUCCAGGUUUUACAGUUUCACUCGAGAGCGGACCCUUUAUACCCCCCUCUGAGUAACCACGCCCCCCCCCUCGCUCCGACUGAUGUUCUCCACGCGGUCUGGAUCUCCUGUUUCAUCGCCGUGGCAACGCCCCCUUCUCGCGUGCUGCGUCUGCUCUCACAGGUGCUGUUAAUGCAGCAGAUUGACUUCAUUUUCUUGCCAAGAGUUGCGAUGAGAAGAGCGAUACACCUCCGGGUCUGUGCAGCAGUUUGCAUUUGGACAGAUGCAGAUUCAUGCUAAGCUAAGCUAAUAUAUUCACUACAAAACAAGAGAACCUCAUCAAGCUUCUCAUUUAACUGGGCCAGAAAGUGGAUAGGAAGAAUAAUUCCUAACCUUUUCCUUUCCUCCUGAUGGGCUUGUGUCGCUCUGAUUCAACACUAAUAUCUUCUUAUUGUCGACGUCUUCAUUCAGUCAAUUUAAGACACAAAAUCACAACUAAUAUAACUCGGAUAGGUGGGUGUGAGCGACGCCUACUAUUCGAAGAUCAAAACGAUGUUCUGUGUUUACCUCCUCCGUCAGCUGAGCUUAAAGCCUGAGCAGACCAGCAGCACACUACGUUUUAUCGAUCAUCCCAUAAAUGAACCGCAGAAUGUGGCCACCUGAAAGUAGCAGCAUUAGCUCCUCGUUCUAGCCUCCUGGCAUCGUACUGGACACCGGUUCACUGGAGAUUAACCCCGAGCCGUGGAGGAGCUCUCAUUGGACGGGAACGCAUCAUCGGCCACGACGAGGGCGACAACGCGAGGACGUGAACUCCUCCUGGAGGAGAGAACCAAAUGUGACACGGGGAAAAUAAGAACUGACCGGAGACCAGCAGAACUUUUAGCUCAGCCUCCUCCUCUGACACCGAGUAGUCUUUUGUAAGAACAGAGAAAACCCCACAAAAAGAGGAACAAGACGCACGAUGUGAUUAUCAUUACAUGCUAAAACAUUCUCAUUUUCUACUGUUCUUCAUAGCAGAUGUUGUCCGGUUUGAGAUGUACGCGUUUUACUGAUGCAUGCUGGGGGGCGUCGAUGGUUCAAACGGACUGCAGGAUGUCUGGAGGGGUGCACAUCUGUUGCCCCCCCCCCCCCCCCCUCCCAU